AUGAAGGUCCUGGCUUGCCCAGGGGGAUACUAUGUUUACUAUCUGCCGGUCGUACACUGCUACGUCGACUUUGCUGUCCGUCACAGCAACUGCAGCCCGACGUCCUGUGGGCCACUUGCACAGUGCACCAGUGAUGGGGGCUGUGGCUGCAUCUCUGGAUACAGGAUACCUAAUGGCUUCCUGCCCACAGGGGGCUCUUAUGGCUGUAAAGAUAUUGAUGAGUGUGUGGAGGACCCCACCAUCUGUGGUCCAAAUGCUACCUGCACCAACACACCUGGGGCACACACCUGCACCUGUCAGCAGGGGUACCAGGUCACCUCCCUGGGUUCCAUAGCCAGUGCAUCGAACCCCUGCCAAGAUAUUGAUGAGUGUGUGGAGGACUUCAACAUUUGUGGUCCAAACGGCAACUGCACCAACACAGUUGGGGCUUACAACUGCACCUAUCAGCAAGGUUACUAUCUCAUACCCUUGAACACCAUGGCCAGUGAUUCAAACCCCUGCCUAGAUGUGGACGAGUGCUCAGAGGGCAGUCAGUGUGGCUCCAAUGCUGAGUGCUACAACACUGCGGGAAGCUACUACUGCUCCUGUCAGGAUGGGUACAUCUCCUCUACUGGAAUAAACUGGGAGUUUGGGGUGACCCUGUGUAAGAUUUCUUCACUGUGCAUGUCCCCUGCGAAGGGUGGGGGCAGCAGCGCAGAGGCGGCCAGUGUCCUCCUGAAGGUCUCUGAAAGGCUGGUGUCGGCCCUGGUCGAGCCCACGCAGACACAGUCCACAAAAACUGUGAAGACGCCUGCCAUGGAAAUCAAUUUACAGGCCAUAGGACCAGCAGCAAAUAUGACUGAGAUCCCUACUCUAAAUGCUAAGGGAAAUGCGAUGGCAGUCAAUCUUCAAGCUAUUGCCGAGAACAACAACGGAUCUGCUGCUGCUGUGUUCAUGUCUGUUAAUGGGAUGGAGAAGCUUAUGAGCUCCAGUUUCUUCAGGACUGAGAAUGUCACAGAAAUGUACUCUGACAUCAUCUCUGCCACAUUGCCCAAAACCAAUGACACAAAGCUCCCUGAGCCUGUUAACUUCACGCUCCUCCACAAAAAGGUGCAGAACCUGGAUUUUCAUCCAAAUCCUGGGCUGCUGACCUGUGUGUACUGGGAGGACAGGGGGGCGGAGAAGCAGUGGUCAGUGGAGGGGUGCACAGCCUCCUUCUCCAAUGAGAACUACACAGUAUGCAGCUGCUCCCACCUCUCCACCUUCGCCCUGAUCCUGCAGACGGCAGAGGUACAGGUAGGAAGUCCCUCAUUCCAGCUGCUGGAGUUGGUCAACCUGGUCUGUGUGUGUGUGGGCCUGGCCUUCCUCGGCCUCGCCAUCCUCUCCUUCCUGCUCUGCAGCUGGAACCCAAAGAUCAACAACACCGCCCGCCUCCACCUCUGUAUCUGCCUCUUCCUGGCUCAGCUGCUCUUACUGGUGGGCAUGCAUCGGACUGAGAAUGCACUGGUGUGCUCAGCCGUUGCCGGCAUUCUGCACUUCUUCUUCCUGUCCGGCUUUGUGUGGAUGCUGCUGGAGACAGUGCAGCUCUACCUGCUGGUCAGAGGCCUGACCAAGGUGCAGGUCAUCCAGAGGGAGGGGCUGAGGAGGCGGUACCUGCUGCUGAUUGGCUAUGGAGCUCCCCUAGUGGUGGUGGGAGUGUCUGCGGGGGUGUUCCCAGAUGGCUAUGGUAGCAAAGAACAGUGCUGGUUGAAGAAAGACAAAAACUUCCACUGGAGUUUUAUUGGUCCAGUGUGCUCUGUUCUAUCUGUCAACUGGAUCAUGUUUUCUGUGAUUCUGUGGAGUUUGCGCCCGACACUUGUGAGCAUGAAGAGUGACAUCUCCCAGGCAAAAGACACGAGGCUGAUCAUCUUUAAAAUUCUGGCCCAGUUUUUCAUUUUGGGCUGUGCCUGGAUCCUGGGAUUUUUCCAGUCCACCACCAUGUUAAAAUACCUCUUCAUCGUCCUCAACUCACAGCAGGGCACCUUCAUCUACAUUGUUCACUGCCUGCUCAACAAAGAUGUACGAGAAGAGUACAAGAGAUGGCUGACAUGGGUCAUCCUCCUCUUUGGAAGCAGCUCGGGAGUUGACCCUUGCGUGAGUCACCAGGUGCUUUCUGAUCCUUGGCGCAACAUCGCCUUCAGCUCCACCACCUUCCCUGGCUACCCGCUGUGUGGUGCCUCCCUGGCGGGACAAUGGGUACUGGCUUGCUCGGGAGGAUACUACGUGUACCAGCUGCCGCUUUUAAACUGCUACGGAAACUUUGCUGCCCGAUAUGUUAUCCCUACUGGUUUCCUGCCCACAGGGGACUCCUAUGGUUGUAUAGAUAUUGAUGAGUGUGUGGUGGACCCCAACAUCUGUGGCCCUAAUGCUACCUGCGCCAACACACCUGGGGCACACACCUGCACCUGUCAGCAGGGGUACCAGGUCACCCCCCCGGGCUCCAUGGCCAACAUUUCUAACCCCUGUCAAGAUAUUGAUGAGUGUGUGGAGGACCCCAACAUCUGUGGUCCAAAUGCUACCUGCACCAACACACCUGGGGCCCACACCUGCACCUGUCAGCAGGGGUACCGUGUUACCUCCCUGAAAUCCAUGGCCAGUGCAUCGAACCCCUGCCAAGAUAUUGAUGAGUGUGUGGAGAACUCCACCGUCUGUGGUCCAAACGCCAACUGCACCAACACAGCUGGUGCUUAUACCUGCACCUGUCACCAUGGUUACCAUCUCAUGUCACCGGACUCCAUAGCCAGCAGCUCAAACCCCUGUCAAGAUGUGGACGAGUGCUCCCAGAGUGGUCAGUGUGGCUCCAAUGCUGAGUGCUACAACACUGCGGGAAGCUACUACUGCUCCUGUCGGGAUGGGUACAUCUCCUCUACUGGAAUAAACUGGGAGUUUGGGGUGACCCUGUGUAAGAGUAAGUGA